AUGGUACUUCUCCUAGGUCCUUCCUGUUCGGGAGGUCAAGAAGAUAUAAUAGCCUUAAAGGAGGGAAGAGCCUCUUCCAAGGUCGACGUUCUCACACGGUCACCGAGACUUCUGACGGUUGGUGCUACUCGAGGUAACAGGAGGGCCGUGGGUCUCGCUCCACAGUCGGCAUAUCAUCUCCGGUCAAUCCCCCGACCAUUGCGACCAUCCGCUCCACCUUUGUCAGCACCAUCCAUGACUGCAGAUGGUGGCAGCCAGGAAGCAGAUGAACCGGAUAUGAGGAACGAACGCAAAACUCGAGUUCAGAGCUCCCUUGAGCUGCGCGAUCUCGCGUUUCAGCUAUGGUGUGCUAAGCGCGGCAAGCAGUACUUGGAGGAGAGGCGGUCUGAACAGCUUAGGCGAAAGCGAGAGGAGGAAGGGACAAGGAAACAGAAAAUGGAAAAAGCCAAAGAAAACGAGAAAAUAUUUGCGAUGUGGCUAGCAAAGAAACGAGCUCAAGAGAUGGAUCAAAAGAAAAAGCGACUGAAGGAAGAAGAGGAAAAGCAGAAGGAGGAAGAAAGCAAAAACCAGCAAAAGAUAGAGGCCGCAAAGGCUUACAAAGCGUGGAAAAAUCAGAAGAGUAAGCAGGGAGAACGCAGACGUUCAGCAAUCGAGGUGACUCGAGAGAUAACUGUGGAAGAGAUGAAAAUGAAAUUCGAUAAAGCACUGGCCGCACAUUUGGCUUUCGAACAGUGUUCUUAUUGUCAGCAGCCUCCUUUGGCACCAAAGCAAACUCUUCUCCGCGAACACCUCUCGGACUUUAAUGACAGUUAG